AUGAAUACAUACUCUAGUUUAUUAUUUUACAAUGAAAAUAAUAAUAAAGUUUUAAUGGUUAAAAAUAAUAUAAAUAAAUUAUAUAAAGCUGUGCCACAUAGUUUCUUUGGUUUCCCAUCAUUAACAUCACCAGAACCAACUCAAUUACAUGAGCAACAACAACAACAACAACAACAACAAUUACAACAAAAAGAUUCAUUAUCAAAUAAAAACUGUUGUAAUAAUGAAAAAUUAUUAUUAAAUAAUAAAUUUUAUUCAAAUCAAUUACAAUUAGAUAAAAUUGAAAAAGUAUUUAAUAAUAAAAAUUCAUUUAAACGUGAUAAUAUUUAUUAUUUAGGAUCAUUGGUAACACCAUAUUAUUUGGAACAAGUGAAGAGAUGUUAUUUCGAUUAUUAUUUAAUAAUUGUUAAAGAUAGUAAUUGUAUAAAUAAGAAUAAAUUGGAGACUAUUUUAGUGGAUUCAAUAUCACCAACGGAUCCAGCAUCAUCAGGUGGUACCAAAGAGAAAACAUUGGAGAUUUCAAUGGAAUGGAAGGAACCAAUGGAAUUCUUGAGGGAAUUCAAUUCACAUCGUAAAUUCAUUACACCAGAAACACAAUAUCUCCUAAAGAUGUUAUCACUAUUCUCAAAGACAAACAAUGACCUAUUGACCAUCAGUGAAGAUAAAAAUAACCUUGGUAUCACUAUACCAUUGGAGUUCGCUCCUCAUAUUGAAAGUAUACCAGUACGUUCAAACACUUUACAUCCAUUCAAUUCAACCAAUCUAAUCAUCUCUCAAAAUGAUACUCAUAUACUUUUAGUUGAUCCUGGUGCAAAUAAAGAAGGUUCUAUUCAUAUGUGUAAUAUAAUAGAAAAGAAAUUAUUAAAAUAUUUAAAAAAGUUUAUUAAAAAUAAUAUUGAAAUUAAAAAUGAUGAAAAUUCAAAUAAUGUUAAUAAUGAACAAAGAGAAGAAGAACAACAACAACAAGAAGAAGAAGAAGAAGAAGAAAAUAAAAAAAUAUUAGAAGGUAAAAAUAUAUCAAUUUUCAUUACACAUAAUCAUAAAGAUCAUUGGGAAGGUAUUGGUAUUUUAGAGAAACAUUUCCCAGAGGCAACAAUUUAUGCUCAUGAGAAAACUUUAAAGAAUAUUGAAAGUGGUUUAAAAAAGGUACAAGUUUCUGGUUUUCAAUUAAAGGAUAAAGAGAGUGUUGAUAGCUUUUUAAAUGAAAUUAAAACUCCAACUGAAAUUAAACAAUUGGAUUGUCAUACAAAUGAAAAGCUUUACAUUGGUAAUGGUGGUGAUAGAAUUUUUCAUAUAGUUUCAACACCUGGUCACACUGAUGAUUCUUUGUGUCUUUUUGAGAAUAAUAGUAAAACUUUGAUUGCUGGUGAUCAUAUUGUUGGUUUCGGUAGUUCAGUAUUGGAUUUUCAUACAGGUGAUAUGGUUGAAUAUAUAGAUAGCACUCAUGGUAUGAUCAAUUAUCUUUGUCCAAAGGUUGCAAUUCCUGCUCAUGGUCCUUUAAAUUUCGAUCCAAUCGUCCUCUUAAAUAAUUACAUCAAGCAUCGUUUACUUCGUGAAGAAGAAAUCUUAAAUGCUUAUAAAUCUGGUAAAACUUCACUCACUGAAAUCUUAGAUAUCGUUUAUGGUAGUCUUGAACCAACUUUAUCAUUUAUGGCAUUGGGAAAUAUUAAAUUACAUUUACAAAAAUUACAAAAAGAAAAUAAAAUCUAA